AUGAACGUGUCUUCUGAAGGUGUGACGUCGCCACAGCAACGGCGGUCUCCGUCCGAUUCGUCGGUCGUCGAGGAUCAACGCAUUGCAUCGGAAAUCGCCAAGGACUCGGCGAGUUCCAAAGAGAUCGAGUUGGAAUUCCUUCUGUCUACACUUGGUAUGGCUGUAGGAUUGGGAAAUAUCUGGAGAUUCCCAACAAGAGCUUAUAACAAUGGAGGAUGUGCCUUCCUAGUCCCUUAUAUCUCAUGUGCUCUUCUAUUCGGCCUUCCCGCUGUAUACCUGGAGUUCCUUCUCGGUCAAUAUCAUCGUACCACUGCUCCAAUCAUAUUCCGAAGAUUCGCUCCGAUCCUUCAAGGUGUUGGAUGGAUGGCUGUUGCUGUCUCAUCCCUCGUUGCCAUCUACUACAUCAUCAUCAUCGGAUGGAGUACUGUAUACAUGGCGGCAAUUGUAAUGGGACAUACGGGUAUGUGGAAUCGAUGUGGGAAUGAGUGGAAUGUCUUGGAGACAUGCAUGGAUUCUGGAAUGAAGGCGAUGUGUAGUUCGUUUAACAAGACUGGCAAUGAGACAGCGCCGAGUUGGGCGAAUUUGAGUGCAGUUGGUCGCGGAGAGUCAUACGUCUACUUUAACUCGACAUGCUAUGACAGACUCGACUUGAUAUCGAAUAAAACCACGACAGCUUCAGAACAAUACUUCUUGUAG